AUGGCGAAACUCGUAGAUGUGGAGCCCAGAAACACACUUUACCCGGGCGCCAACACAACCCUCACUCUUUCCGAAUAUGUGCUCCAACCCAUCGACUGCGACUUCGACCUCAGUUUCUAUCCUUUCGACGUGCACGAGUGUAUCCUGCCUCUGGUCCUGGUGCCUCACGGAGCCAAGCACGCGCGCCUCGUCAUAGGGCCCUCGAGUGCGAGGUACACGGGCCAGGUCGGCCUCAAGGACUUCAGCAUGGACAAAGUCAAAGUCGAGUCUCGGGACGCAACGGUGUCGGGUAUGGUGCACAGCGGGGUCGUCCUGCGGCUGCAACUGAGUCGUCGUCCCGCCUACCAGGUCCUGGCGGUGCUCCUGCCGUCGUUCAUCCUGCUGGCCAUCAGCACGACGUCCCUGUGGAUGUCGUGCACGACCAAGACGCCGUCGCGGAUGAUCGUGUCGUGCUGCGUGACGGGCGCCUUCCUCCUGCUGUGGGUGAUCAGCGCCCUCACCAGCCCCAGCACCGGCCGCGUGAAGGCGCUCGACGUGUGGCUCUGCUUCUGCACGAUGCACGCGCUGCUGCACGACAUAACGCACGUGGCCAUCGACAUCUUCAGCGGGCGCGAAUGCUCGGGUGCCAACCAGCUGUUCUCGCGCGUGACGUCGCGGCCCGUGUCCAAGAUGCGCGAGGUCAAGCCCAUCGAGUCGGGCAGCAUCUACGACUCGCUCAUGAUGCGCGUCGGGCCCGAGGACGACAACUGGACGGCCGGCUACUGGAUCACCUUCAUCGCCCGCGUCGUGUCGCCGGUGCUGGUCGUGCUCUUCAACGCCACCUUCUGGCCCUUCGUGCUCUACUUCAACAUCAACCCCUUGCCCUGA